AAGAGAGAGAGAGAGAGAGAGAGAGAGAGAGAAUGGCUGCCCCUUCGCUUUAUCACGCCGCUCUGGUGCAAUUGGAGGCCUCCUUUUCAAAGACAGUCCAAACCCCUCACCUAUUUCCCCACCGCCAGCUUUCCAUACCCUCUUCUCGUGCUUUCCUUCUCAAAAGGCAAAGUGGGUUCGUCCCAAAAGCUUCGUUGACGGCCGUCACUGCGCAAUCUAACUCGAACUCCUCCAUUCCCAGAAAAAAUCCCAACAAACCAAUCAUUGUCAUAGACAACUAUGACAGCUUCACCUAUAACCUCUGCCAGUAUUUGGGAGAGGUAGGAUGUGACUUUGAAGUUUAUCGCAAUGAUGAAGUAACGGUUGAGGAUUUGAAAAGGAUGAAUCCAAGAGGAAUCUUGAUAUCUCCUGGGCCAGGUGCACCCCAGGAUUCUGGGAUAUCAUUGGAAACCGUUCUGGAACUUGGGCCUAGCAUUCCUUUAUUUGGUGUGUGUAUGGGUUUGCAGUGCAUUGGAGAGGCUUUUGGAGGUAAGGUUGUGCGUGCUCCUGGUGGUGUCAUGCAUGGAAAGAGUUCUCUUGUAUAUUAUGAUGAGAAGGAGGAAGAUGGCUUGUUCAGUGGCUUAUCAAACCCAUUCACUGCUGGUAGGUAUCACAGCCUUGUGGUUGAGAAAGAAAGUUUUCCUAGCAAGGAACUUGAGAUCACAGCAUGGACAGAUGAUGGACUCAUAAUGGCUGCUCGUCACAGGAAGUAUAAGCAUCUACAGUUUGGAUACGUCACGGCUUCGCUAUGCACCGUUGGCUCCCCACUAGUUACCGCAUCAUUCAACUGCCUACUUGACCGUGGUGACUACGUCAUAGUCCUUACUAUGCGGCAGUUCGCCAUUUUGUCUUCCCCACAUAUAACACAUGUGGCACCCACUAGUUUUAAGUACUACCUCGCUCCGGUAUCCUUUCUACAAGGAUCCAUUCGAGGUUCGCCGACAGUACUUUGUUAAUCCAAAGGCUAACACUCCAAUUUACGCACUCUAGAGUGGACAGAGGAAUUCCACCUAGACAUUCCCCGUCCUAGCAUUUGGAGUUGUGAUAGAACAUGAACAAACUAUUUUCUUCGAAAAAGAGUACACAACCCAAAUGCAUGUGACAUGAAGUUGUGACACUUUUCUUUUAAUGCAUCAUGUGAACAUGUAAAUGCCGAGAAUCAUGUAACCAUGUGAGACAACAUUGAAUAUCUCAUGUUACGGCUUGAAA